AUGAGAAAGGAAUCUGGAUUUACGGUUUCUACGGGGAAGCUUACGAACUGCUUGUGCAUUGAGGCAGAAAUUUGGGCCAUAUAUCGUGGUUUGACAAUAGCUUUUGAAAAGGGUUACAAGGAUUUGAUCAUAGAAACUGACUCCAUGGAUGCCAUUGACAUGCUGAAGGAGAAAGUAGAGGUUAUUUCUUCUUUGCGCAGCCUGGUGGAGAACUCAAAGUUUCUUAUCUGCAGAUGUGGCUACACUCUCCAACACGUUUUGAGGGAGGGCAAUCUGAGUGCUGAUGGUCUAGCUAAGAUGGGUGCUGAUCAAGAUGAACCACUUGUUGUUAUGGACGAUGCGCCGGAUGGCAUCCAUAGUCAAGUUGUGGCGGACAUGAUUGGGUGCAGCUCCCGUAGGCAGAGCUCUUCUAUUCCUUAA